GCGGGUGUUGGCGCGCCGCUCAGAGCGAAGAAACAAACAUGGGUACGGCGAUCAUGGAAAUGACCACAAGACAGAGAUUAUCUAAGGUUCGGGUGCUUGAACACUCGGGCAAAUAAUACACUAUCUACCAGUAACCAUACGACUUUUCCAGGAGGAGAAUCUGCCAUGGUCAUUCCCAGCUGUAUUGACAAGGCUGCUGACCCAAGCUGAGGUCAUCCACCCGCCACCAGUAUACUACAGCGUCAGCUUCGACCAGCUGUCUCGCACUGUUUGGCAUCUUCAGACACUUUUUGGAGGAGGAUGUCCAGUCCCCGCUGUAGGCUAUUCUCCAGACUGCUGCUGUGCUGACCUGAGCUAAGGGCACGGCAUCUCACCCCACACGCCCUGUCACCCCACCACUACCACUCUAUUCUGGCUGUCUUUCAUCAGUGUAGUCUUGAGUCUACCUGCUGUGCCGCAUUGGUACUCUGCCAUGUCCAGUCCCAGGGAUAUCCUCCAGACUUCUGCUGACCCAAGCUAAGGUCACCCCCUCAUACAACCCUCUCACGCACCUUCACCACCACUACUCUGACUGGCUUUCCACAGUGUAAGCCUACAACCUACUACUGUCCCACUCCCUACCAGGAGGGGGGGCAGUAGGUAGGUUAGAUACAGUGGAUACAAACAGUUACAAGGAGGAAGUGUAGCAGCGCCAAGGCCAUCCUGCAUAGUCCACCACUCAGGCCUCGAACUGGCUACCUUCCAGUUUGGCACAGUAACACAGUACGAUACCACUGAGGUGAAGGUCCAGGCCAAUAGCUCAGCUUUUACUGUAUCUGUAUGAUUCCUCGGGAGGGAGGUUUACCCUUUAAGAGUAUACUGUCAUACCGGUGUGACGGGAAUGUUCGGGCAGUGAAAGUUCUAUAGAAUUCUGGGCGUCAUUCAAUACAAUAUGGAAUUGUAGAAUCUUGCAUUGUUAUAGAACGCAUUCUUUUUAUAGAAUGCUCAAAAACCCACACUCUUAAAGGUUACUGACAUUCUAUUGUAGAACUCUGCUACUUGGCAUCCGUUAAAAGAAGGACCAGAGGUGCCAAUCCCUGGUUCAGAAAGUAAAAACGUGCCAUAAAUUUGAUGCAACUCGCCCCAGCUCCGAAUCAGCUGGUCGUAAUGAGUCCUCAAGACAGGUAAGACCAGGGUCGCCUAGAUACUGCAGAGGUGAGGUGAGGUGAGGUGUGAGGCAUGAUGGGUAGCCUGCGCCUCUUCCGCCUCUGCCUUCUACUGGGCUCGGUCUUCAUGCUCUUCCUCAUCAUCAUCUACUGGGAUGAGGUGGGCCACGGAGGGCUGCACCUGCGCACCUCUCCCCCAGCGCCUCCGCCCCCGUUGCCCCCCGUGCCUGCCGCCCCGGCGGGGCUUAGAGGCGGUGGAGCUGGAGGAGAAGGGGAUGGGGAUGGGCGUCCUCUGUUGGUGGCUGCAGGUGUAGCAGCAGCAGCAGCAGCAGGGCUUAGAGGCGGUGGAGCUGGAGGGGAAGGAGGAGGGGAAGGGGGUGGAGAUCCUCUGUUGGUGGCAGCAGGUGUAGCAGCAGCAGCAGCAGCGACGACAGGGUCUGUGGGUACCGGCACACAGCUGGCGUGGACGGCGGAGGACAAGGGUUACGCGUUCAUUUGGGACACGGACGCGUUCGACCGGGAGGUGAUGGAGGAUCCGGACCCGCCAGAGACUAAGCCCACGAGGGGUGCCGAGGCGCAGGCGCGGCCUCCGCAGCAUCCAGUCGCCAAGCCUCCAGAGGUUGUGGAGGUCUCGCAACUGGACACACAGAAGGGGUACCCCACAAAGACGACCACAGUUCAACCACAGAAGGAGUCAGAGCCGGAGCCGGAGCCGGAACUGGAACCGGAACUGGAACCGGAACCAGAACCAGACCUGACACCCACACAGGCAAUAUCAACUCCCAUGGCGCCCACCAGCACUGCUGCUACAACUACCACCACCACCACCACCACCAUCUCCACCACCACCACAACCACACCUCAAGUAGCCCGCUUGAGUCCAACCACCAGGCCCCCCUCACAGACCCCCCCAGCCAGAGACUCAGCUAAGCCUCAGCCAACAGAACCACAGGGGAGGGGAGACAACGACCUUGUUGCCCCUCAGCCGACUGACCCAGACAGCAUGGACAAAGUCCCUGUUCCACUGCAGGCAACAGAACCUAAUAGUAAUACACAGGACAUCUCCAAGAAACCAAAGCAAUCUACUGAAACCGACAGUGGUAUGGACAAUAAUGAGUCCACAAAGCCACAGGAGGCUCCUCCAGAAUCUGUUGCUAGGGACGUCACAAUGUCCGUCAACAACCCCCAACCCCCCGUGCCUCCAAGUAACAACAUCAUGAUGUCCGUCAGGCCCCAGUCUGUGCCCCCUACACCCCCCGACUUCGGCCUCCUGAAGCGCCAGGCAGAGCGGAGGAGGCACCUCCAGCAGGCCUGUGCCCCAGACAGCGGGCUCCUCUUCCUGGGUAAGGAGCGCUCCUUUGACCAGAUCCCCAGCCAGGCCCUGGAUCACCUGAUCGUGGACGACCGGCACGGGGUCAUCUACUGCUACGUUCCCAAGGUGGCCUGCACCAACUGGAAGCGAGUGAUGAUCGUGCUGGGGCAGAAGCUGGUUGCCCCGAGCAACACCGACCCCAACGCUGCGGAGCCCCCCCCACCGACCCCUUACCGUCGCCCGCAGGACGUUCCCUCGGAACUCAGCCACAACGGCACCCUCCACUUGACCUUCAACAAGUUCUGGCGGCGCUACGGAAAGGCCUCCCGGAACCUCAUGCACGCCAAGCUGCGCAAGUACACCAAGUUCCUGUUUGUGCGCGACCCCUUCGUCCGCCUCAUGUCCGCCUUCCGCAACAAGUUCGCCCAGCCCAACGAGGACUUCUACCGGCAGUUCGGUACGCGGAUGCUCAAACGUUACGCCAACGUCACGCGACCGCUGCCCGCGACUGCCAAAGAGGCGUUCAAAGCGGGCUUGCGGCCGUCGUUCACCGACUUCGUCCACUACCUAUUGGAUCCCGAAACGGAGAAGGAGGAGGCGUUCAACGAACACUGGCGGCAGGUUUACCGCCUUUGCCAUCCGUGCCAGAUCCACUAUGACUUUGUGGGUAAGCUGGAGACUCUCGAGGAGGACGCCCAGCACCUGUUGCGGAUCCUGGACGUGGAGCGCGAGAUCCAGUUUCCGCCGGGGUACCGGAAUCGCACCGCGGCUAGCUGGGAGCACGACUGGUUCGCUAACGUCCCGCUCGAGGACAGACGGAAGCUUUAUGAGCUCUAUGAACCUGAUUUCCGGUUGUUUGGAUACCCGAAACCAGACACGCUGCUACAUGAAUGAAAAAUUAGACAUUAAACAUGUGUCAUUAAAUGUUUACUUCCAAAGCUGGGAAAUUGAACAUAAACUGAUUUGAAGGACACAUGGAGAGUUGCAACUACUGGCUGCCCUCUGGGAUGGCGCCAUCUUGAAUUUCUGAUGUCCUAUUUAUCAGCACUUAUCGUGCAUUACCUUUUCGCUAUUGGAUUCUGUGUGUACUAUUGCAAACAUUAACUUUAAAAGUGUCAAAUCACCUCUGCCAAUUUCUUUGGACAGCCCAUCAAACACCUUUGACCAGCACAAAGGAGGAGCAGGAACUCGGAUAUCAAACACAGUGCUUUAAACCUGAUUGUCUAUGUUUUUAGCCCAGUUUUGUGAUGUCAUUUGAAUGUCCAAUUUGAAAAAAAAUAUCAAAUGUAAAGCACUGGCAUAUCACCAAUAUAUAUCAAAAUGGUUUUCGCAUGAGGUCCUUCCGUGACCAUCUGCAGUGCGAUGGUUAGUAAGGGGGACUUAUUACUCUUUCAAGGGAUGCCCCCUGGCCAUGAUAAAGCAGGCGUAGGCCAACGCUUCCUCCCCCUAAAAGUUCCCCCAUCCACAAAUGGUCUUACACUUAACACAAAGAGCUGUGCCUCGUCAUCUUGUGGUCUUAACAUGUUUUUGUUUUGGUGCCAAAAAAGAGUUGCUGUAAAAUCUUACUGCUAGCUAAGCAAGAAAGACGUGGUAUAUAUCAAGGGAUUCUUUGUUAUGAGCAAGUUUAUUUAUGAUCGAAAUGUGAUCAGAUAUUCCACAUUUAACGCAGUUGCCUAACAGUGAACAAAACACAUUAGCAGCAGUGUGUGUUGUUAGCACAUGGGAAUGUGAACUGCGAUGUGAACUAUGUUAAUGUUUAAAGGUAGAGUAUGUGAUUUUUAGUAGUUUAUUUCCCGAUUCUUUUUUUGCUGCUACAUGAAAAGGUGGCUCUUCCCCAUAUACCUCCUUUUUUAAUUAUUAUUUGAUAUAUUAUAGACAUUUUUGGCUGUAACACUUACUGUACUUAGAUCAGAGCAGUAAAUAUUAGUUUAUUACUCAGUAAAUAUUAAUGACAAGAUUCGUGAAUGAGUAGCAUACAUUUUGAAAAUAAGCUACUAAUAUUACAUACUUUCCCUUUAAAGUUCAGCCAAGGUUACUAGUUGCAAAUGCAGUGUUGAAAUCUGCACUUGGAAAAUCUGUAAAAUGGUGGGAAGGGCAGAAGUAAUGGCAAUAAUAAAAAAAGGCAAUGUACUUUUUUGAAACCCUAAGGAAAGCAGCUGAUUAUGCGGCAACUGCACAACUACCAGCUAAGCAAUUUUUUUAUGGCUGAUAAAAAUCGAUGCAUCUUGCUGCCUCUGCUCAUUUACUGUUCGCUUGAUAGAGUUUCACCCAACUGGGAGUAGACCAGAAGUACACACACAAACCAUAAUGUAUCCCCCCAGGCACCAACAUAGGCACUUACAGUACAGUAUCACCUAAGCUUUUAUGAGCUGUUUCCACGUAACAGGACAUUUUUAAGUCUGGAUAUUUUUUUCUCCUGGUUACAUUGGUUUUGACCUUCCGUUUCCACGUAAGCAGAUUUUUAAAACCCACAUAUCAAAAAUCCUGCUUUGAAAAUAUCCCAGUUAGGGGGCUAAAAUGCACCUGUUACAAUGGAGUUUUCAUUUUUAUCCCCAUGUUGCAUUUCCACCUAAACAGGAGUAAAACAAUACCCACAUAUACACGUAACAAUAUCCUGCUACGUGGAAACAGCACCUUAGUUGGAGUAUUUUUUUUCCUUUUCUUUCUUUUUUUUGCUUGGAGCUCCAACAGAAUAUCCUGUAGAAUUGCCUCUAAACAUAACCCAUUCUCAGCAAGCAUGGGUUAGCAACCAUUGAGCCACAUUGUGAGAACAUAACACAAUAGUUCCAUGGUGUGGUUCCACCCAGAGUGGGUCUCCAAGGACAAUGCAGGCACCAGUUAAACAGUACUGUGCAAAAGUGUGAAGUCCCAGAAAGUAAAACAGAAAACUUGGCAUGGAUGUGUUUUGCCUAUGAAAUAAAUAUUACUGAUAAAAAAAUAUUUUUUUGUUUAUUCAAAAAAAAAUGCUACAGUUUAAACUACCGAUCAGAUUAACUUGAAACAAAAAUGUCUUAACUACAUGCCUGUUUUUCCCCAGUGGCUGUUUUUUUUCACCUUGUGAAUUUGGCAUUGGCACUCUUAGUACUGUGCCAUGACUUGCUUUUCUUUAAAGACCGUGCCUUCAAAGGGAAGAGGAAUGUGCGUUGAUGGUGUUGUUUGUACAUGUUUCCUAUUCACUACUGCCUCUGUACUGUAUGUAUGUGACAUUAAACGGAAUAACAUCCAUAAAGACAUGAGAUGUUGAAUACACUG